AUGACGGAGGAAAAAGUUAAUAAUCCGCCGAGUUCUGGGGACACUGGUGCCGGGGGUUCCGGGGGAGGUGUACCGAGUUUUGGACAUACCGAUUCAAUCUCAUACAGAAUUCCGAGACUAUCCGGGUUUUAUAGAUCUGAGCCGUCGAUAUGGUUUUCUCAAGCUGAAAUAAUGUUCGAUUACGCGCGUUUGACCUCACAAAAAGCUCGGGCCGGCGCUGUGAUUUCUGUCCUAGAUUUCGAAGUCGUAAUGUCGAUCAGCGAUUUGAUUCAAGCAAACCCUGCGCGUGUCCAACUCUACGAUGAUAUUAAACAGAGGCUUAUAUCUAAUUUUUCAGUUUCCCCAGAGGCUCGUUUGCGCCAGUUAUUAAAAGGAGAGGUCCCCGCUGAGGGUAAACCUUCACUCAUCUUAAGCCGUAUCAAGAACCUGAGUCAGGGCAAGUGCUCUCAAGAGAUUAUCAAAGCAGUCUUUUUAGAUCAGCUCCCAAGCUCCUGCAGGGCAACCUUGACACUUAGCGAAAUUACGGAUUUAGAGAAAAUUGCAGAGAUGGCUGACCGCUUCAUGGAAGCAUCAUGUAUGGGCGAAUCUUGCGCUUUUGUUUCAUCUCCCGCUAAUAAUAACUUCGAGGAAUUAAUCGGUAAAAUUGACGCGCUAUCUGCUCGAUUCGAGUCCUUUGAGGCGGCAAACAAAACUAAUAAUCAGGGUCUUUUCAAUAAAAAAAAUCGUUUUAAAACUCCGAAUAAAGAUAAACAGAAGUCUUCAGGUUCUAGCACAGGGUUAUGUUUUUAUCACAAAAAGUUUGGUAAUUCUGCUUACAAAUGUGUUAAACCCUGCAAUUUUCAAGGUCCAGAUAAACAGGGAAACUAG